AGGAUUCAGGUUCAAAAUCUUGAAAGGACUCGCAACAGAGGGGCAAUCUUCAGAAGCAAAACAGAUAGAGUGAAGGAUCUCUAAGACCCGGGGAAAAAAAAAACACUGGAAGUGUAAAGGAAGCAAGAGGAGCCAACACCCCUUAAGGAAAAAGACCUGUGACUACGAGGAAACAGUUUGAAGCAAAGUGGAACUGGUGACUCGUCCCAUCAAUCAUGGCCACCAAGAAGAUCAUGCCCGCUCCCAUAUGUCUAAUCGAGAACUCCAGCAGCGGCCAGCUAACGGUGAAUCAGAAGGCGUUGGCCAUCCUGUCCGGCAUUUCCCAGCCUGUGGUCGUGGUGGCCAUCGUGGGCCUGUAUCGCACCGGGAAAUCCUACCUGAUGAACAGGCUGGCGGGACAGAAGAAGGGCUUCUCUCUGGGCUCCACAGUGCAGUCUCACACCAAGGGAAUCUGGAUGUGGUGUGUUCCUCAUCCCACAGAGAAAAACCUCACUCUGGUUCUGCUGGACACUGAGGGGCUGGGAGAUGUGGAGAAGGAGGAUCCCAAGAAUGACUCCUGGAUUUUUGCCUUGGCUGUUCUGCUGAGCAGCAUGUUUGUAUAUAACAGCAUGGGCACUAUCAAUCAGCCGGCCAUGGACCAGCUUCACUAUGUGUCAGAGCUGACAGAACACAUCAGGAGCAAAACUGUGCCCAGUCUUGAUGGGGUAGAUGACUCAGCUGGAUUCGUCAGCUUCUUCCCAGACUUUGUGUGGACUGUGCGCGAUUUCAACUUGGAGCUGAAACUGGACGGUCACCCCAUCACCGAAGAAGAGUACCUGGAGAAUGCCCUUAAACUAAAGAGAGGGACCGACGAGAAAACCAAACUGUUUAAUCUGCCCCGGACCUGUAUCCGGCAAUUCUUUCCGACUAAGAAGUGUUUUGUCUUUGCCCCACCGGCAACCUGGAAAGAGCUCCCUAAACUGGAGGACUUGCAGGAAAACGAACUGCAACCUGAGUUUGUGGAACAGACAGGACGCUUCUGCUCCUACAUCUUCCAAAAUGCCAAGGUCAAGACGAUUCAGGGGGGCAUAGUAAUCAACGGUCCUCGGCUGGAAAGCCUAGUGGUGACCUAUGUAGAGACCAUCUCCAGUGGCACUGUGCCCUGCAUGGAGAAUGCAGUGUCAGCCCUGGCAGAGAUUGAAAACUCAGCUGCAGUUCAGAAGGCCCUAGACUGCUAUGAGAAGCUGAUGAGCCCAGUGAAGUUCUCCACAAACACCCUGCAGGAGCUGCUGGACUUGCAUACGGCCAGCGAAGGGAAAGCCAUUGAGGUCUUCAUGCAGCAUUCCUUCAAGGAUGAAGAUCAAAAGUACCAGAGGGAGCUAAGGAACCAUCUGUUAGCAAAAUGGGAUGACUUCUUUAAGCAGAAUGAAAAAGAGUCAACCAAACGUUGCAUGACUUUGCUUCAGAAUAUUUUCAAGCCUCUGGAUGAGGCGAUGAAGAAUGGAACCUUCUCCAGACCGGGAGGAUAUCACCACUUUCUUCAGAAGAAACAAAAACUAAAGGAGAAAUAUGAGCAGGAGUCAAAAAAGGAACCAUGGGCUGAGGAGACUCUUGUAAAGUAUUUGCAAUCGAUGGAAGAUAAGGCAGAAACAAUAUUACAAGUGGAUCAGUCACUCUCAGAAAAGGAAAAGAUGAUUGAAGUGGAGAAGGCAAAAUCUGAGUCCGCAAUGCAGGCAGCCAAGCAGCUCCAGGAAAUGCAGGAGAAGAGUCAGCAGUUGCUGGAGCAGACGGAGAAAAGUCACCAGGAACACGUGAAACAACUGAUCAAGAAGAUGGAAGAGGAGAAGCAGCACAUGCUGGCAGAGCAAGAGAAGGCCUUAAAUUUGAAACUCAAGGAGCACACACAGAUAAUUCGGGAAGGGCUCCAAAACGAAGCCAAGCAACUAGAGAAUCAGAUUUUGAGCCUCCAGAAGCAGAUCCAUACUCCCCGUCCAUCCUCACCCUGCACCAUAUUGUGAAGAUCUUUUGUCAAGAGUACUCUCGUGUCCACGCCACCCUUUGUCAUAGGCAGAAGAUGUUUUAUCAAUAGCAUAUCUGUGGCGAGCCCUCAAUCGGUACCAGCCAGGACCUUCCUGGACCAGGGGAGCCUCGGUGUCACGGAAUAGAAGUCAAACCACCCCUCUGAUCACCAA